AUGAAACUUUUAUGUGCGGUUGCUUUAACUUUACUGAUUGUUUUAUUCAAUCAGCAUUCAACGAACGGAUUUCCAACCGAAGAAUUCACAACGGAACAACCAUGUCCAAAGGAAUUUGAAUGGGUCGAUGGAAAGUGCAAACGAUUCUCAACGAAAACUGAAAUUAAAGAAGUCAAAGAGACGGGAAAAAAGGUCGUUGUUUGCCCAGAAGGUCAGAUUCGUGGCGAAGACGGUAUCUGCGCAGAUAUCAAAUCUGAAGAACAUUUAGCCACUACCCUUGAAUCAAAAACAUUUCACGAAGAAGAUGCAACCCAAUUAUCAGAACACACCGAACAACAUGAUGAUGCAGGCAAACAAUCAGAUCACACAGAAGACUACGAAGCUGCAACUAAACCAUUAGACCAUACAAAAGAAUACGAAGAUGCAACUACUCAAGUUGAUCAUACAGAAGAAUAUGAAGAUAAAACCAACAAAGUUGCCCACACCAAAGAAUACAAAGAAAAUGCAAUAAAAUCAUUCGAAUUGACCACUGAAUUAUCCGAAGACACUGAAGAACAUUCCAAAGUUGUCGAUGUUCCAAAAGGUUGUCCACCAGGAACGAAAUAUGAUGAAGACGGUGCCUGCCAAGAUGAAGUAGAAACAAGUUCAAAACACACCUUUGAAGUCAAAGAUCUCCUUACAAAUGGUGAAUGUCCAUCCGGAAUGAAAAAAUAUAAUGAUAAAUGUGUAUUUAUCAAAUCUCAGGCAUCAUUCGAACCAAUGAAUGAUAUCACUUAUGAACAAUCAGAUCUGAAGAAUAGAAUUCCUGAAGAAUUAGUACCUGUCUUGGUUGAUAAUAUCUGUCCACCCGACACCGAAUAUUACUCAAAUGGUCUUUGCCGAAAACGCGUUUCUCCAUUCCGCGCGACCGUUCUUACUGCUCAUAUAAAGAAAUGCCUUGCUGAUGAAAUCUUAGUCGGUGGUGUGUGCGAACCAAAACACACUGGAUUAGUUUUUAAAAUAGAAAAACCAACAAAAAUCGGCAAAUCUGAGAAACAUGAUGAAGAUGAAGCAGAUAAAGACAAAUCCGUCAAAUCCAAACAAUAA